AAAGAAAAAGGCAAUCAGAGAGAGAGAAGCAAACAAAGGCAGCGAAGUCUUUCUUUCUUUCUCUGUAGCUGCUGGUCUUUCUUUUGGUAGGGGAGAGAAGGCAAAACAGCAAAAGGCAAAAAGGCUUAAAAUCUCUUUCACUCUUUCAUUAGUGAUGUCUGUGAACAACAAUAAUCCCCCCAAGAGCCUGGGGGCGUCUUCGUCGCCCUUUGGUAAUGCGGGGAUGGUAGCUCCAUCUAUGGCUGGAAACCCUGCAUUCUCACAAGCACAGGCACAACUUAGUGCUGGUUUUCAAGCUCAGUUUCAGCUAUCGCAAGCUCAGGCCCUUGCCCAGGCUCAGGCUCAGUCAAAAGCACAUGCUCAUGCUCAAGCUCAAGCACAGGUAGCUCAUGCCCAAUUCCAAGCACACCUACAAGCUCAAGGGUUGUCCCUUAACCAGUCUCAGAAUGCGGGCAUUGGGAAUUUAGGUUCGUCUUCGCCGUCCAUGUCUACUCCUGGCAGUGCAAAGAGGAUCCUUCAAAAGCCCCCUGUGCGUCCUCCUGGUGUUCCUAUGACAAACACAAUGUCCCCUUUGAGAACAAUGGAACUUACACCUGCUGCACGUAGAAAGAAGCAGAAGCUUCCUGAGAAACAGCUACAGGAUAGAGUGGCAGCGAUUCUUCCUGAAUCUGCUUUGUACACCCAGCUUCUUGAGUUUGAGGCUCGUGUUGAUGCUGCAUUAGCUCGGAAAAAAGUUGACAUCCAGGAAGCGCUUAAGAACCCACCUUGUGUUCAGAAAACUCUUCGAAUAUAUGUUUUCAACACAUUUGCUAAUCAGAUUAAGACAAUUCCAAAGAAGCCUAAUGCAGAGCCCCCUAUGUGGACCCUUAAGAUUAUUGGGAGAAUCUUGGAAGAUGGGGUAGAUCCAGAUCAGCCUGGGUUUGUUCAAAAAACAAAUCCCUUGUACCCAAAGUUUUCAUCUUUCUUCAAGAAAGUGACAAUUUCCUUGGACCAGAGACUAUAUCCGGAGAAUCAUAUCAUUAUAUGGGAGCAUGCCCGAUCACCUGCACCUCAUGAAGGUUUUGAGGUGAAGAGAAAAGGGGAUAAGGAAUUCACUGUGAAUAUACGAUUGGAAAUGAAUUAUGUACCUGAGAAGUUCAAGCUUUCUUCAGCUUUGAUGGAAGUCCUUGGUAUUGAGGUUGAUACGCGACCCAGAAUAAUUGCUGCAAUUUGGCAUUAUGUAAAGGCUAGAAAACUUCAGAACCCAAAUGAUCCAUCUUUCUUUAAUUGUGAUGCACAACUUCAGAAGGUUUUUGGGGAGGACAGAGUGAAAUUCACCAUGGUAUCGCAAAAGAUAUCACAGCAUUUGUCUUCACCACCACCCAUACAUUUGGAGCAUAAGAUCAAACUUUCUGGGAAUGGUCCUGUUGGAACUGCAUGCUAUGAUGUGUUAGUUGAUGUGCCCUUUCCUAUACAGAGGGAAUUGUCUGCUCUGUUGGCAAAUGCAGAGAAGAGCAAAGAGAUUGAUGCUUGCGAUGAAGCAAUAUGUGCUGCCAUUAGAAAAAUUCAUGAGCACCGUAGAAGGCGUGCAUUUUUUCUAGGGUUCAGUCAAUCACCAGGUGAAUUUAUUAAUGCUUUAAUUGAGUCUCAGAGCCGGGAUCUGAAAUUGGUAGCUGGAGAAGCUAGUCGAAGUGUUGAAAGGGAGCGGCGUUCAGAUUUCUUCAACCAACCAUGGGUUGAAGAUGCUGUUAUCCGCUAUCUGAAUCGCAAGCCAGCAGCAGGAAGUGAUGCCCCAGGAAGCACAUGAAUGAUGGAUGGCCUGCAAUGUUUUGUUAAUGAUUUGAAUCAUGUAGCAACUGUAGACCAUUCCUUUAAUGGAGGUAGAAUUGUAAUGUUGUUGGAUGGUGAUUCAGAGGGAUGUAGAAACAGGAAGUAGCAUGUUUAGACAUAAUUAUGAUCAAACUUAAUAACAAAAAAAAAAAUAGAAAUUAGCCAGAUAGUUUUUGUUUUGUUCAAUUUGUAAUUUAUAAAUGGUGGACUCCUGGGCCUGGCAUCUUUCAUGGUUUGACUUUAGUGUUCCUUUCUUGUUUAUAUCAUGGAAAUGCAAAUGGUAUCCUUGAAUGUAGAUUUUCUAAUUA